GCCUCCGGUGAGUUCAAGGCGACUGACUUUGAGGUGUGUCCCUAAUUGGUUGGGGAGUUGGGGGAAGAGGAGAAGGGAAUCCUCAGGCUGGGUCGGAGACCGGGGGAGGAGAGGAAAUCCUAAGAACGUGACCGUUGAGGAUGGAGGGAGCCGUCGGGUGUGACCGUUGUGUGGAAAAGGCCUCAGGGUACGUUUACAAAUAAUAGGCAGUAGCUGAUGAAGAAGAUGAAGCUGGACAAGAAAACGUGUAACACAUUCCACUGAUGACUAAGCGUGGUGGUAAGGUGCACACUAAAGAUCUGAAGUCAUGACUGACUCCAAGUACUUCACAACCAAUAAAAAAGGAGAAAUCUUUGAAUUAAAAGCUGAACUCAAUAAUGAAAAGAAAGAAAAGCGAAAGGAGGCUGUGAAGAAAGUGAUUGCCGCUAUGACCGUGGGGAAGGACGUUAGCUCUCUCUUUCCAGAUGUAGUGAACUGUAUGCAGACUGACAACCUGGAACUAAAGAAGCUCGUGUACCUCUACUUGAUGAACUACGCCAAGAGUCAGCCAGAUAUGGCCAUCAUGGCUGUCAACAGUUUUGUGAAGGACUGUGAAGAUCCUAAUCCUUUGAUACGGGCCUUGGCAGUCAGAACUAUGGGGUGCAUCCGGGUGGACAAAAUUACAGAAUAUCUCUGUGAGCCCCUGCGCAAGUGUUUGAAGGAUGAAGAUCCCUAUGUUCGGAAAACAGCAGCAGUCUGUGUGGCAAAGCUCCAUGAUAUCAAUGCCCAGAUGGUAGAAGAUCAGGGAUUUCUGGAUUCUCUACGGGAUCUCAUAGCAGAUUCAAAUCCAAUGGUGGUGGCUAAUGCUGUAGCAGCAUUAUCUGAAAUCAGUGAGUCUCACCCAAACAGCAACUUACUUGAUCUGAAUCCACAGAACAUUAAUAAGCUGCUGACAGCCCUGAAUGAGUGCACUGAAUGGGGCCAGAUUUUCAUCCUGGACUGCUUGUCUAAUUACAACCCUAAAGAUGACCGGGAGGCUCAGAGCAUCUGUGAGCGGGUAACUCCCCGGCUGUCCCAUGCCAACUCUGCGGUGGUGCUUUCAGCGGUAAAAGUCCUAAUGAAAUUUCUAGAGUUGUUACCCAAGGACUCUGACUACUACAAUAUGUUGCUGAAGAAGUUAGCCCCUCCACUUGUCACUUUGCUCUCUGGGGAGCCAGAAGUUCAGUAUGUUGCCCUGAGGAACAUCAACCUAAUUGUCCAGAAAAGGCCUGAAAUCUUGAAGCAGGAAAUCAAAGUCUUCUUUGUGAAGUACAAUGAUCCCAUCUAUGUUAAACUAGAGAAGUUGGACAUCAUGAUUCGUUUGGCAUCUCAAGCUAACAUUGCUCAGGUUCUGGCAGAACUGAAGGAAUAUGCCACAGAGGUGGAUGUUGACUUUGUCCGCAAAGCUGUGAGGGCCAUUGGACGGUGUGCCAUCAAGGUGGAGCAAUCUGCAGAGCGCUGUGUAAGCACAUUGCUUGAUCUAAUCCAAACCAAAGUAAAUUAUGUGGUCCAAGAAGCAAUUGUUGUCAUCAGGGACAUCUUCCGGAAAUACCCCAACAAGUAUGAAAGUAUCAUUGCCACUCUAUGUGAGAACUUAGACUCACUGGAUGAGCCAGAUGCCCGAGCAGCUAUGAUUUGGAUUGUGGGAGAAUAUGCUGAAAGAAUUGACAAUGCAGAUGAGUUACUAGAGAGCUUCCUGGAAGGUUUUCAUGAUGAAAGCACUCAGGUGCAGCUCACUCUGCUUACUGCCAUAGUGAAGCUGUUUCUCAAGAAACCAUCAGAAACACAGGAGCUGGUCCAGCAAGUCUUGAGUUUGGCAACACAGGAUUCUGAUAAUCCUGACCUCCGAGACCGGGGCUAUAUUUAUUGGCGCCUUCUCUCAACUGACCCUGUUACGGCCAAAGAAGUAGUUUUGUCUGAAAAGCCACUGAUCUCUGAGGAAACGGACCUUAUUGAACCAACUCUGCUGGAUGAGCUAAUCUGCCACAUUGGUUCUUUGGCCUCUGUGUAUCAUAAGCCUCCCAAUGCUUUUGUGGAAGGAAGUCAUGGAAUCCAUCGCAAACACUUGCCAAUUCAUCAUGGGAGCACUGAUGCAGGUGACAGCCCUGUUGGUACCACCACUGCAACCAACCUGGAACAGCCUCAGGUUAUCCCCUCUCAAGGUGAUCUUCUAGGAGAUCUUUUAAACCUUGACCUCGGUCCUCCAGUCAAUGUGCCACAGGUAUCCUCCAUGCAGAUGGGAGCAGUGGAUCUCUUGGGAGGAGGACUAGAUAGUCUGCUUGGCAGUGACCUUGGCGGGGGCAUUGGAGGAAGUCCGGCAGUGGGACAGUCCUUUAUCCCAUCGUCAGUGCCUGCAACCUUUGCUCCUUCACCUACACCUGCUGUGGUCAGCAGUGGUCUGAAUGACCUGUUUGAACUCUCCACAGGAAUAGGCAUGGCACCUGGUGGAUAUGUGGCUCCUAAAGCUGUCUGGCUACCUGCAGUAAAGGCUAAAGGGUUGGAAAUUUCAGGAACAUUUACUCACCGCCAAGGGCACAUCUAUAUGGAAAUGAACUUCACUAAUAAAGCUCUGCAGCACAUGACAGAUUUUGCAAUCCAGUUUAACAAGAAUAGCUUUGGCGUCAUCCCCAGCACUCCUCUGGCCAUACAUACACCACUGAUGCCAAACCAGAGCAUUGAUGUCUCCUUGCCUCUCAACACUUUGGGCCCAGUCAUGAAGAUGGAACCUCUGAAUAACCUGCAGGUCAGAACUAAAGGAGGAGUCACAGUAUUUCAGUUUCAUUGUCUUUUGCCUGUUCAUCUCCAGUUUAUAUCUGAUGGGAAGCUAGAGCGCCAGGUCUUCCUUGCAACAUGGAAGGAUAUUCCCAAUGAAAAUGAACUUCAGUUUCAGAUUAAGGAAUGUCAUUUAAAUGCAGACACUGUUUCCAGCAAGUUGCAGAACAACAAUGUUUAUACUAUUGCCAAGAGGAAUGUAGAAGGACAAGACAUGCUGUACCAAUCCUUGAAGCUCACUAAUGGCAUUUGGAUUUUGGCAGAGUUACGUAUCCAGCCAGGAAACCCCAAUUAUACGCUGUCACUGAAGUGCAGAGCUCCUGAAGUCUCUCAGUACAUCUAUCAGGUCUACGACAGCAUUUUGAAAAACUAAUAGACUGGUCCAUUAUCCUGCAAUCACCCUGUGAUCAGUGCAAACCAAGAACUCUUAACUGGAAGAAAUUGUAUUGCUGUGUAGAAUCUGAACCCAAACACACUGAGGCCACCCACCAAGGUAGUGACUAGUCUAACCUGUGCUAACAUUAGGGCACAACCUGUUGGAUAGUUUUAGCUUCCUGUGAACAUUUGUAACCACUGCUUCAAUCGCCUUCCACCUCUUGCCACCUGCUGCUGCUGUCUGUCCUUACUUGUGGGCUUCUCCAUGCUGUGCCAAUGGCUGGCUUUUUCUACACCCUCUUUUAAGUGUAGUUGGAUAUUUUGUAAUCGAGAGCUCAUUUCAAAAGCAGAAAAAGACAACAAAUAUUAAAGCAAGGAAAAGUGUCACUGAAGUAUAGACUGCACUUUAUUGUUUUAUAUUUUUGUACAUAUGAGAAAUUGAGGGAGUAGUGUCACCUGUAGAAAGUGUUGAAACAACUGACCAUCAUUAACUGCGCAGUCCUGGGAGAAGAGAUGAUUACCUACCCCACCCUUUUAGAAAUUGUACUUGUGGCAACCUUAUCCCUGGUCAUUAGGAUUUUCACUGUUGUUGUUUUUUUCCUCUCUAGACUCCUUUUCCUUGGCCAAACCUUCAUGCUUCCCCCAUUCCAUAUUAUAAUCUCAUUUGAUUGCUCUGCAGUUGGGAAUGAUGAUCAUCCUUGAAUGAUGUUUCAGGGGGCAAAAAAUACAGGGUCUGUCAGCACCAGAGCUGAGAGAAGUUGCAACUUCCUACAUUCCUUUCCCCUGUACUCACUCACCUGUCAGUAACACUGGUUAAAGAAUUUGAGUAGAGAUGGGGAACAGGAACCAAAAUGCCGUCCCGUCAUCCCCUUCCCUGUAUUUCUCAGGUCCAAUUCAGGUCUAAAAUUAUAGAAUUUUAGAGUUGAAACAGUAAUAACUUAUCCAACUAUUUUUCUACAAAGGAGAAAGAUAAAAGGCAAAAAGGUAUUGCCAAGGCCUGUCAGCUGUUCAGUGGCAGGGCUGAGCCUGAGUCUCCUCAGUCCCCAUCAGUGUUGUUUUCACUGCAGGACUGUCUUUUGUUUUUUUCCCCUCAUCACCUCCUGCCUUUUCUGUGCCUGCUUUGUGGCUCUUUGCAUACUCCAUUCUGAUUUGGGCACCUGUUCAUUGGCAUCAGGUGACAGCAGAGUAUCUUCUGAAUACUUGAAGGUAAAUCCAGAUGCCAGAAUGAAGGCGCUAAUGCUCCCCACAUGUUCCUAAAGCCUCAGCUCUUGAGGCCAGACCAGUGGGUACAGAGAUGUUGAACUUAGAGAUGUUGAAAAUUCUCUGUAUGUUUUCAGCUCUCUGAUCUGCUCUUUAUUCCUGUUACUUGGACUCCUAGGCAAAUUAAGAUCAUACUAGAGGGUCAAGCAGUUAUUGUCAUCUCUGAAAAGACUGGGGGAUAUGAAAUCUCUCCCUCACUUACCACAUUGGAUAUGAGUUGUCAAAGAACGCUCCAUGCCCAGAACACCAACCUGUUUGGCCAUGUUCACACCACUUGGUCUUUGGGCACUUGUUGCAUUGUCCAGCACCCAGCAUUCAGGGUCCAUGACCAAGACUGCUUAGAUGCCCCUGCUCAAAUCAGAGGCAUUUUAGGGUCCAGAGGCCUCAUGGUGGACUCAGACCUGACUCAUUGGACUCAGAGGAGGAAUUGUGGAAAACAAGCCAAAACUAACCCCCCCACCCCUGACCACCGGUCUUGUUAUGUCUGAAGUGACCCGUCUUCACACUAGUUGCAAAGCUUGUGAGACUGGGUCCCCCAGAUCAAUCUUGAGACUCUCCAAGAGAAAAAUCACUGGGGUGGGAGAAAGGAAAGUACGUCCCUCACUCACCACACCUCAGACGCGUGGGCAAUAGGAACUAGCACAGGAUAGUGUGUGGGACGUGGGGAGGUUGGUGAUGUGGGGGCUUGAAAAGCAGGUUGAUGAAGUUCCCUUGCUGGGACUCAUUCAUAGAACCAGUUGGAUACAAGUAGUGAAGGUUCACACUACAAAUGCUGUGUUCUCAUCUCAAAGCAAACUAGUUCAGAAGGAAGAGUAUGUCAGGGCAAGCAGGCAACACAAUUUUGUACCAGGAUAUGUCCCUCAACCCUUGAAACUAGGCUUCUCUCAGCCUCCCGCUAGUGAUGGAUAACAGCUGCUGUUCUCAGCUGACCUGCCUGAGCCAGUCCACGAACUCUUCGCUCCUUGGGAAGGCUGCCUCCUGUGGCACCACACCACCGAGCAGAGUUAGGGAAGGAUUCUACUUCACAUAAAAGGAACUUUCCCCCAAGAGACAGAGCCUGUUGCCUCCGCCACAGCUUCCCUUCUGGCCCAUUCCAAGCUUGGCCAAAUUGGGGGAGUAGGGUGGAGGUUGCCCUGCAUUCCCCUCUCCUCUGCCUAUGUAUGUCUUUGUAAUGUCAGCUGGUAUCGUACAAAGGGCAAGGGAAACAAACACCCAGAACUCUUGCUGGUCAGAGGUUCCCUGAGUGUCUGUCCUCACCCAAGCCUGUUCUGUGUGUCUGUGUUGUGAAGCUUGGGCCUCUGGAGAGAAAUGGGGAGGGGGGAGGGGUAAAUGUCACCCUGAGAAUGCUUCUUAUCCCUGUUUUUGUUGGGAUCUGUUCUUGGGGAGGGUGGGGGUUGGGGAAGCUUGACCUUGUGUCUUCGUCAAUAAACUCUCAUUUACACAAAA